AUGAUUUGGACUGCAGCUCUGCUCAUGAUUGUCGGCUCUUACGCUGACUCAGAUGACUACUGUUAUGAUGAGCCACACUGUGAUCCUUACUCAUGGGGAGACAUGUUCCCUUCAUGUCACCCCUUACUUGAACACCAUCAUUCUCCCAUCGAUUUGGACCAUCACAUGAUCAGAAACGCCUCUCUGGGCGCUUUGUAUCUAGAGGGCUUCGAUGAGAUGCAAACAGGCCACUGGACGCUCAAAAACGACGGGCACUCAGUCAUACUGCAGGUUGGCAGCAGCAUGACAGUGAGUGGUGGAGGUCUUCCAGAUGUGUACCACACAGUCCAGCUGCAUUUCCACUGGGGAGGACCAGCCACCAACGGCUCAGAGCACACUGUGGACAGACGCAGAUACCCAAUGGAGAUGCACAUAGUCAAUAUGAAGUCCAUCCAUCCAAAUUUAUCUGCUGCCCUGGAUGAUCCAACAGGACUUGCUGUUCUUGGAUUCUUCAUUGAUGUUGUUUAUGCUGACAAUGUGCACUUUAGACACAUAUCACAGAAACUGUCGUCUGUUGCUUACAAAGGACAAGCAACUAAAGUCAAGCCAUUCCCUCUGAUGAGCCUCCUGCCGAAGCACAACAUGAGUCAGUAUUACCGGUAUUACGGCAGCCUCACCACCCCUCCAUGCUCUCAAGCUGUUAUAUGGACUUUGUACGAGGUCCCCAUCUACAUCUCGUGGUCCCAACUGGCUCAGUUUACCUCGCAGAUCUUUUCCACAGAGGAGGAUGCAGAGCAGGUGACACCGCUCCAGAACAAUUUCAGGCACAUCCAUCCCACUUUCAGUCGCAUUGUCUCAGCUUCCAUAGAUGCCAAACUCCUCAGAGGGACAGCCGGUCGGCCCCUCAGGUCGGCCGCUUCUGCGCAUCUGCUUCCAGUCAUUCUGCUGGGAGGCUUCUUCUCUGGACUUUAG